CAGGAGCACAGGCUGAAGGAGUGGCGGAGCCAGGAGCACAGGAUGAAGGACGGGCGCAGUCAGGAGCGCAGUCUGAAGGAAAUAAUGUUGCUGCGAGCACAGCUGCUGAUUGGUUUGCUGUGUCAUGUGAUGUACCGGGAGGUGUUGAAUAUGCCAAUGGAGCCGGCGGCAGAGACGAGGUCUGCCUUCUCAGCAGCCAGGACCAACAGCAUGGUGGGGGGGGCCCAGAUGGUGGUGACCUUCGACAAGGUAUAUGUGAAUAUCGGCCACGACUUUGACCCCCGCACGGGCUUCUUCACCUGCCGUGUGCCCGGAGCCUAUUACUUCUCCUUCACUGUGGGCAAGUUCCCCAGGAAGAGCCUCUCUGUGAUGUUGAUGAAGAACCGGAAGGAGAUACAGGUCAUUGUCUAUGAUGAACAUCAUCGGCAGGAGCGUAAGGUCCAGAGUCAGAGUGCCAUGCUGCAGCUGGAGCGUGGAGACACUGUGUGGCUCCGGUUGCACGGUGACCCUAAGUACGCACUGUAUAGCAACAUGGGACCUUACACCACCUUCAAUGGCUACCUGAUCUAUCCUGACAGUGAGCCCUCCUACUCCGAGAAGAGUGCCAGCUCCUGGCAGACCCAGACCCCUCAACCACUGGAGCCCUGGCACAAGAGCGAGGAAGGGAAUGGCAUUGAACCAGCCAUGAGCCGCCUGUGGGAGGACUCACCAAUUCUGGGCGAUCAGCUGGCCCUGGUAGGAGAGGAGCAGCCGGCCACCGAAGGGCCUGCUCUGAGCAAGUGGCAGGCUCCACGCUCGGCCUUUUCCGCUGCCAGGACAGAGAGCCUCCUGGGAGACAAUGACAAUAGGUACAAGCAUGACCCCAUGCCCUUUGACACAGAGUUCGUCAACAUUGGCGGGGAUUUUAACGCCUCCCUGGGGGUGUUCACUUGUCGUGUGCCUGGGGCCUAUUACUUCUCCUUUAAUAUUGGUAAGCUGCCUUACAAAACCAUGUCAGUCAAAUUAAUGAAGAAUGAGGAUGAGGUACAGGCCAUGAUCUACGAUGACAGCCAUUCCAAACGGAGAGAGAUGCAGAGUCAGAGCCUGAUGCUAUCACUGCAGAGAGGAGACCGUGUGUGGCUUUACAGCUACCAGCACGAUGGUUACGGAGCUUACAGCAACCAUGGCAAAUACAUCACCUUCACUGGGUUCCUCGUCUACCCAGAGCUCCAGGCGCUCAAUUGGAAAACAGACCCCAAGACUAACAAACUGUGA